AUGGACACGACGUUGCUUGUGGGCGACGUCCAUAGCAACGGAGGCGACAUCGAUUCACUUCUGUCGAGCGAAUCGGGUGCAAGGAAAGAUUCCUCGCAGCGUCUGCACGAGCCGUACGAUCGCCAUCGCGCUCACGAUCUGCGUGCCGAGUGCUACCGCCGCGGCAUUCGCCCCAUAAAAAAGGGUCCUAACGCGAAUGAUAACAAAAAUGGGUACAUUGAGUUAUUGCGCAAAAACGACGGCCCUGUUUCGAAAACGCAAAGUACCCAAUCGUCGAAACAAGAGGAAGGCGAGACCGAAGACGACGAAAGCUUUCGUGAUGCCGGGGACGCCGUGAGCGAAGUCCAGAUCAUCACGAACAUGACGAGCAAGCGGAAACUACCGACAAUGACGAUGCAGACUCCGACUGCGGCGACGUCUGCAGCUGCAGCAGACCUGCAGGGUUUCUAUGAAGGAGGGCAGCCAAACCUUGUGUCCGUGCAGCCGAUGCAGUACCCUCCGACUUCGACAAAACCGUCGGUCAAUCCAACAACCGAUCUGGAGAUUCUUAGUGGGAUCGCUAAUUCCUACACACAGAGUGUGGCAGCCGAUGGACAAUUAUGUGGCAAUUGUAGAACGGUCGUCACGGAUCAGUUGAUGGAGUCCAUUCGAUUGGGCAAGACAAAGAUGCAGCUACAGGAGUGGCACAAGCUGAGUGAGCAACGGGAUCGAGAUACGCGCCAUUUAAAGCAGGUACUGGACAUUUUACAGGAUUUGCGGAAGUCUUACCGAGAAGCGCAGGUGCACGGCAUGAAUCACGACUUACUGGUAGAGCUGCAGGACGAUAUGGCGUUUUUCCAAAACUUGAAAGAACAGACGAAGGAGAGGAUGCGGCAAGCGAUGCGCGAAUCGCGUGAGCAUUCGACAAACAAGUCCAACGGCACGGCAUAA